CGUAAUUGCGUGCAGUGCUUACGAUCACUAUUAGCUGAGAGAGGAAGCAAUCUGACUAUGCGAGAGAAGAGGGAGGUAGGGGAUGAAGAGUAGAGAGAGGGAGGGAGAGGGGGUCGUUAUCCAAGUCCUGUGACACGACAGCUCCUCUCCUCACGCUGGCGACAAAUGUUGGCUGUUCGUGCUCGAGCAUUUUCACCACUAGCCAGACGCAUCGUUUCACGUGCUGUUCACAUUAAAGGAUUUGAUAUGCCUAGUCGGAGACCAUGAAAAUGCUUCGAUUUCGUAGUCCAAGCAUCCCUUCCCUCAAUCAGGAGAUCCAAUGCACGGUCCGUCUUCUGGACGACUCGGAGGUCUCCUGUAACAUCCAGAGAGAAACUAAAGGUCAGUUCCUGCUGGAUCAUGUGUGCAACCACUACAACCUGAUGGAGAGGGACUACUUUGGCAUCCGCUAUGUGGACCCAGAGAAACAGAGACACUGGCUGGAUCCUGGGAAGCCUGUGGUGAAGCAGAUGAAAUCUCUGCAGCCAUAUACCAUGUGCUUCAGAGUAAAGUUCUACCCCCAGGAGCCAAUCAAGAUCAAGGAGGAGCUGACGAGGUAUCUCCUGUACCUGCAAAUCAAGAGGGAUAUAUACCAUGGCCGCUUGCUGUGUCCAUUUGCUGAUGCAGCAUACCUUGGAGCAUGUAUUGUGCAGGCUGAGUUGGGAGACCAUGACCCAGAUGAGCACCCGGACGACUACAUCGCUGACUUCAAGCUCUUCCCCAAACAGACCCUGAAGCUGGAGAGGAAGAUCAUGGAGCUCCACAGGGUUGAGCUGAGGGGUCUGAGCGCUACUAUGGCCGAACUCAACCUCCUCCAGAGGGCCUACAUGCUGGACACCUACGGGGUGGAUCCACACCCGUGCAAGGAUUUCACUGGAACCACUGCCUUCCUUGGAUUCACUGCCAGAGGCUUCGUGGUGUUUCAGGGGAACAAGCGCAUUCACCUGCUCAAAUGGGCUGAUGUCAACAAACUCAAGUUCGAGGGGAAGACGUUUUAUGUGAUCGGCCUGCAGAGAGAGAAGAAACUGGUGUUGACCUUCCACACCUCCACGCCAGCAGCAUGCAAACACUUGUGGAAAUGUGGAGUUGAGAAUCAGGCGUUUUACAAAUGUGCCAAGUCCAGCCAGAUAAAGACAGUCUCCAGUAGCACCAUCUUCUUCAAAGGGUGCCGGUUCCGAUACAGUGGGCGUGUAGCUAAAGAGGUGAUCGAGGCCAGUUCUAAGAUCCAGAGGGAACCUCCGCCAGUGCGCAGGGCUGGAUUUUGUCAGAGUAAAAGCUUCAGCUCACUCAGCCACAAGCAACUGAUCAUGAAUAUGGAACCUCUAAUGCCUGCAGAGAACAGGGAUACCGCUGCAGACAAUGGUCUUCUGGCCCUGAAGGAUUCUGUUCAUCUCUCUCCUCUGAAGCCAUCCAUCACUGCAGCGGAGGCGGUGCCUGAUGACAGCACAGGCUCCGCCCACGCAGAGGCGGGGUCUGCGGAGGCAGGGGUCGCAGCAGAGGGGUCCGGCUCCAGGGAGCGGCCGGGGGAGAAGGAGGGAGGAGCGAGCCGUGACGUGGAGAAGGGGAAGGAGGAGGAGGAAGAGGAGGAGGAGGAAGACUCGGGCGCCCUGACCAUCUCCGACAUGGUGUACAGCCCGUGCGCCAGCAUGCUGCCCACGCCCGUGGACGAUGGCGAGGGAGGCGUGGCCGCGCUCUUCCAGAGCCCCGCCCGCAUGCUGCGCGAGCUCCACGCCGACCCCGAGGUGCAACGAGAGCUGCGGGCGGAGCGCGAGCGCGAGGUCGCCAUGGAGACGGCGCGCCUGGCCACCUGCCCGCCCCAGCGCUCCAGCUGGCAGCAGCUGAGGGCGUGUGCCCGCGGCGCCGCCCGCCUGGUGGCCGUGGCCGGCGGCCUGCUGCUGCUGCUGCUGCCCAUGAUGCUGCUGCUGCUGGAGUCUCAGCUGGACGUGGCCUUCCUGCACGACAUCCGCCAGACGCCGGAGUUCCAGCAGUUCCACUACGACUACUACUGCCCCAUGCGCCGCUGGCUCCUCUGUGAACUGGACAUGCUGCUGGAGGCCAUCGUGGGAGACUGAGCACCAGGGGGCGCCAGAGACUCUCAUCAAAAACACUGGACUACUGAGGGGAACUGUGGGAGAGGACGACAGAAACAGGGAGGAAGGAUUGUCUUCACACUCUUGGGCACUGGUCGUAACUGAGCUGAGAGUUUGGUCGUAACUGAGCUGAGAGUGACUUUGGUCGUAACUGAGCUGAGUUAUUAGGUGGAGAGAAGAGGAAUGCUUAAAAAUGGAGUGGGAGAAGUGAAGGAGAAAGAAAGUGUGAAUAAGAAAGAGAGUUGACAUCAACCCUUUCUCCCUGGCAGUUUCAGGCUUUUCUUAGAUAUGUAUACUUACAAAUGAUGGAAAAUACAAGAAUAAUAUUAAUAUUACAAAAAGAAAUUAAAAAUCAGUUUUUAAAUGUUUUGUACAUUUUUAUGUGAAGCUACUGUUGACAGGAUUUUUUUCAGCAAAAAUAAUCUACAAAAUGUAUUUAUUGACACAGGGGAGGAAAGUAAGCUAUUUUUACUGCCUGUUGUCAUGUCAACUCGACCACCAGUUUCUCUGAGUUUUCUUAUGAAAAUACAAUAGCACAAUAUUUUGAAAUGGAGACUCUUUUUGCAGAUUACCUGAUGUCAUUCUGAGCAGACACUACAGGCGGUCCAAAUUUUAAGGUGUUUGUUGUUCAACUGAGAUCAAAUAUCAGGUCCGACCAGGCUGUUUACUGGUCCACUCAUGCUGAUGACCAAUUAUGCAGUUCAAUAUUCUCCAUCAUUGAGUGUGUGUGUGAGUGUUUUUGGAGGGGCGCGGUGUGUGACGUGUUGUAUUCGCAGGAUCUGCUAAAGACUCAUUUGGAAUAAACACAGGCGGUGACGAUGUGGAGCAAACAUGUCAAGGUGUCCAAAGAUUAGAUCCUUUUGGUCAGUAUACAUUCUUGUUCGAUCUGUCUGAAAGUGGGAUGAAGGCGGUCAGGUAUUAGUCAGGUGAAACUGCACACUCAGGAUAGACUGUGGAGAACUAACUGAUGGGAUGUAUCUGUGCAAAAUG